AUCGUGGCCCGAGGGCCAAGUUCAGGGUUUUUUCAGAACCCGAGGUUCGUCUUCUUGUCAUAUUUCCCAAGAAGGACCACUGGGAGCCCUGGAUGAGAGACGGACUUUUUUUAGGAGAAACGCGGAUGCAGACCAUCGAAGAGACCUCGCUCUGUAGCUGCGAUUUUCGCGCGCUUUGGCGCAGGUGGUUGUGGGUAGCGCGCCCAGGAGGGAGAAAGGACUGGGGGGCUUGUGAUUGCGCCGCCCGCAGGGCCUAGAGGAUGUUCGAGGACGACCCCCACGACGAGGGGGCGGCGGUGGUCGCCGCAGCCGGGGAGGCGCUGCAGGCCUUGUGCCAGGAGCUGAACCUGGACGAGGGGAGCGCGGCCGAAGCCCUGGACGACUUCACCGCCAUCAGGGGCAACUACAGCCUAGAGGGAGAAGUUAUACACUGGUUGGCAUGUUCAUUGUAUGUCGCGUGCCGCAAAAGCAUUAUUCCCACAGUUGGAAAGGGUAUCAUGGAAGGAAAUUGCGUUUCACUUACCAGAAUACUACGUUCAGCUAAAUUAAGUUUAAUACAGUUUUUUAGUAAAAUGAAGAAGUGGAUGGACAUGUCAAACCUGCCACAAGAAUUUCGUGAACGUAUAGAAAGACUAGAAAGAAAUUUUGAGGUGUCUACUAUAAUUUUCAAAAAAUUUGAGCCAAUUUUUUUAGAUAUAUUUCAAAAUCCACAUGAAGAAACACCAAAGUUACCACGAAGCAGGAAGCAGAGGAGGACUCCUUGCACUGUUAAGGAUCUCUUUAAUUUCUGUUGGACACUCUUUGUUUAUACUAAGGGUAAUUUUCGUAUGAUUGGAGAUGAUUUAGUAAACUCUUAUCAUUUACUUCUGUGCUGCUUGGAUCUGAUUUUUGCCAAUGCUAUUAUAUGCCCAAAUAGACGAGACUUGCUAAAUCCGUUAUUUAAAGGUUUGCCAUCUGAUUUUCACACUGCUGACUUCAGGGCUCCUGAAGAGCCUCCCUGCAUCAUUGCUGUCCUGUGUGAACUGCAUGAUGGACUUCUAGUAGAAGCAAAAGGAAUAAAGGAGCACUACUUUAAGCCAUAUAUUUCAAAACUCUUUGACAGGAAGAUUUUAAAAGGAGAAUGCCUCCUGGACCUUUCCUGUUUUACUGAUAAUAGCAAAGCAGUGAACAAGGAGUAUGAAGAAUAUGUUUUAACUGUUGGUGAUUUUGACGAGAGGAUCUUUUUGGGAGCAGAUGCAGAAGAGGAAAUUGGAACUCCCCGAAAGUUCACUGGUGACACCCCACUAGGGAAACUGACAGCACAGGCUACUGUGGAGUGUAACCUUCAGCAGCACUUCGAAAAAAAAUCAUUUGCACCCUCUACCCCACUGACAGGACGGCGGUAUCUACGAGAAAAAGAAGCACUCAUUACACCUGUUGCGUCAGCCACUCAGAGUGUGAGCCGGUUACAGAGUAUUGUGACUGGGCUGAAAAAUGCACCAAGUGAACAGCUUGUAAAUAUUUUCGAAUCUUGUAUGCGUAAUCCUAUGGAAAAUAUUAUGAAAAUAGUGAAAGAAAUAGGAGAGACUUUCUGUCAACACUACACUCAAUCAACAGAUGAGCAACCAGGAUCUCACAUAGACUUUGCUGUAAAUAGACUAAAGCUUGCAGAAAUUUUGUAUUAUAAAAUAUUAGAGACUGUAAUGGUUCAGGAAACACGAAGACUUCAAGGAAUGGACAUGUCAGUUCUUUUAGAACAAGAUAUAUUUCAUCGUUCCUUGAUGGCUUGUUGUUUGGAAAUUGUGCUCUUUGCCUAUAGUUCACCUCGUACUUUUCCUUGGAUUAUUGAAGUUCUCAAUUUGCAGCCAUUUUAUUUUUAUAAGGUUAUUGAGGUGGUGAUCCGCUCAGAGGAGGGACUUUCCAGGGACAUGGUGAAACACCUGAACAGCAUUGAAGAACAGAUCCUGGAGAGUUUAGCAUGGAAUCACAAUUCUGCACUGUGGGAGGCUCUCCAGGCUUCUGCAAACAAAGUUCCUACUUGUGAAGAAGUUAUAUUUCCAAAUAACUUUGAAACAGGAAAUGGGGGAAAUAUACAGGGACAUCUUCCCAUGAUGCCAAUGUCUCCGCUAAUGCAUCCAAGGGUAAAAGAAGUUCGGACAGACAGCGGAGGUCUUCGAAGGGAUAUGCAGCCAUUGUCUCCAAUUUCUGUUCAUGAACGCUACAGUUCUCCUACUGCAGGAAGUGCUAAGAGAAGACUUUUUGGGGACGACCCCCCAAAGGAAGUGCUUAUGGACAGGAUUAUAACAGAAGGGAAAAAAUUGAAAAUUGCUCCUUCUUCAAGCAUUACAGCUGAAAACAUAUCAAUUUCACCUGGACAAAGUCUUUUAACAAUGGCCACAGCCAUAGUAACGGGGACAACAGGACAUAAAGUUACGAUCCCGUUGCAUGGUAUUGCAAAUGAUGCUGGGGAGAUCACACUGAUACCAAUUUCCAUGAACACAACUCCAGAGUCCAGAGUUGAGAGUCCUGUGUCACUUACUGCUCAGUCAUUAAGUGGUGCUUCUCCAAAACAAACUCAUCUGACUAAAGCACAAGAAGUACAUCCAACCGGACUAAGCAGACCAAAGAGAACUGGGUCCUUAGCACUCUUUUAUAGAAAGGUCUAUCACUUGGCAAGUGUACGCUUACGUGAUUUAUGUUUAAAACUGGAUGUUUCAAAUGAGUUACGAAGGAAGAUAUGGACGUGUUUUGAAUUCACUUUAGUUCACUGCCCUGACCUAAUGAAAGACAGACAUUUGGAUCAGCUCCUUCUUUGUGCCUUUUACAUCAUGGCAAAGGUAACAAAAGAAGAAAGAACUUUUCAAGAAAUAAUGAAAAGUUAUAGGAAUCAGCCCCAAGCUAAUAGUCAUGUCUAUAGAAGUGUAUUGCUGAAAAGUAUUCCAAGAGAAGUUGUGGCUUACGAUAAAAAAGUAAAUGGUGAUUUUGAAAUGACAGAUUGUGAUUUGGAAGAUGGUACAAAAACACCUGAUUGUUCCAGUGCAGCAGCGAGAGAGGAAAGAGGCGAUCUUAUCAAAUUUUACAACACAGUGUAUGUAGGAAGAGUGAAGUCAUUUGCACUGAAAUAUGACUUGUCAAAUCAGGACCAUAUGGUGGAAGCUCCACCACUCUCUCCUUUUCCAUAUAUUAAGCAACAGCCAGGCUCACCGCGCCGGAUUUCCCAGCAGCACUCCAUCUACGUCUCCCCUCACAAGAAUGGGUCGGGCCUUACCCCGAGGACUGCCCUGCUGUAUAAGUUCAAUGGCAGCCCUUCUAAGAGUUUGAAAGAUAUCAACAACAUGAUAAGGCAAGGUGAACAGAGAACCAAGAAGCGGGCAAUAGCCAUUGAUAGUGAUGCAGAAUCACCUGCCAAACGCCUCUGUCAAGAAAAUGAUGAUGUUUUGCUUAAAAGACUACAGGAUGUUGUCAGUGAAAGAGCCAAUCAUUAGUGCCUUCCCUGUUUCUGUGGUUGAAGCACUUUCAGGUUGUUUUGCAGAAAGUUGGGGCUCUAUCCUUCAAAACAUUUAGCUCUAUGGAUGGUAAAUAUCACUGAGUUAAAAGAAAAACUGGAAGUGGGGAGGGGGAAAGAAAAAGAAAAUGAAAAACUGCAUGAAAAUUACAUGCUUUUUUAAAAACAUUCAUCCAAAAUGUAGUUGGCAGAGAUGCAUUUUGAGUUGGAUUGGAAAGGAAUGUUUUAAGUGCCUUUUAAACAUACUAGUAGUCCUAGAAUUUUUUAAAUGCUUGUUCCUUGGGUUAGUUUUUACGAUGAAAUAAGGGGAAACCUUGUAAUUUUUUAGCUUCCUUUUUAAAAUAAUCAAGUAUCACCUUCCAUGCCUUAUAAUAUAAGGGUUAAUAAUCUCUUUUUGGUAAGUGUGCUUUGAGAUAUUUGUGCUAUCAAUUUACUGUUAAGUAGGGGUUGGUUCCCAUAGCUGCUGGGCCAGAGGAUGACGCACCACCCUGUCUCCGACCCACUGUGGUAACUCUGCAUCCAGAUGCCGCCACCAUUCUGUGUUGCCCUGAUCCCUCUCCUGCCCCUUGUCUCCUUGUGCAUAAGCAGAUUUGAUCCUGAGCCCACACUCACUGCCCACUGCCCACACUCCCUGAUUUCCAGCCUUGGCCCUCUUAGCCUGGUGUCACAACCUAAUGAAAGGGGCACUUGCUCCUUUUUUAAACUACUGUCAUUUUGUUUUCUGAACCAUUAAUUUAACUAUACAUGACUACAUUACAUCACGUAAUUCUCAAAACAGGAAUCUGCUUCUCAAGCCAGUAAAAUAAAAUACAGAUAAGAGUUUUUAGAAACUAAAGUUUCUAUUCAGGAGGUAGCACCACGAUCAUGUAUGAAAUACGGUUUUUGAGGUCAUCAGAAGAUUAGUCAUUCUCAGUGUCUAAUUGAUUCCUAAGAAUAGUUGAACCUUUUUUUAAACUACAUUAACAUCCUUUCAUACCUUAUAAUCAUAAAUUGUAUCAGUGAAACAAUGUGUUAUUAUUUCUUCCUCUUUGUUCUCGGUAUUAUUGUUGCAUGGUGAGUUGCCCAUUAGGAUCUGAUCACUUAGGCCCCUUAAGGAUGUUUUCCAAGACUAGGCAGGGGAUACUGCUUUCCAAAGAAUCAGCUGUUCAACAUUCACUUUUUCUAGUGUGUUUUCAGAAUCUGGGUGGAUAUGGAUAAGCCGUUUGUAAUUUUUGAGAAAAUGUUAUCAAGUGUAUAUUUUUUUGACUGAAAUAUCUUAUUUUUUCAAAUGCAAAGUGCUUAACUUAAAUGAUGUCUAACCCUGGCUGCUUUGAAGUAGUCUAAUAUUUGCCUAUAAAUUAGUAAUUACUGUUGUCAGGAAUUUUAUUUUUAAAUUCUAAGAGAAGUGAUUUGGGUCACAUUUUACUUUUCUGAAAAUUACAUCCUCCUUUGUGUGUGUAGUAUCUACACAUCAUAAGCCAAAUAACAUCAUGUGUGUCUUGAACCCUGUAUAUGUAUUUUUCUUUUUCUUGUAUAUAUUUUUAUGUAACUAUAACUAUUGUGUCAUUUUCAUCUUCAUUAUUAAUGUGCAGAAUAUAAGUGACCAUUGUACAUUGACUAUGUAAGAAACUCUGAACAUGUUUAAUCAGUUUUCAAGAUGAUAUUAAUGUACAUAAAAUUAUUAAUAAAACA